AUGUGUCGCUGGUUUGCCUACAUCUCCCACACGGAGCCAUGUCUCCUCGAGGACGUUCUCGUCACUCCUGCUCACUCCUUGAGCAAGCAAGUCCACCAGCACUACCUGCCCAAACUCCUCUCCCAUGACCCCGCCACCCACGCUGAACCCACCACCGAAGCCGAGAUCACAACUCGCAACCGUCUCUUCAACGUUGACGGCUUCGGCGUCGUCUGGUACUCAGCUGCCCUCACUGCCUUUUCCCCCUCCCCCUCCCCCGCACACCCAGCCCUCCACCCCGUGCUCUACAAAACGAUCCAACCCCCCCUUCACGAUGCAAACUUCCGUUCCAUUGCCAGCAAUACCGCAAGCAAGGUAGUCUUUUCACACAUCCGUGCAGCAACAGCCACGGCCAUAACACCCAUCAAUAACCACCCGUUUACUUUCGGGAUCCAUACUAUCAUGCACAAUGGUUAUAUUUCCGACUUUGCUGCUAUAAAGCGCAAGAUUUGUGAGCCUAUGAGCCAGGAAGCGUACUCCCAUAUUGAAGGGGGCACCGAUACGGAGCAUUUAGCUGCGCUUUUCAUGUCUAUCUUGUGUCCAGCCUCCACCUCGGCGGCAAACUCAGACGGCAUUCCUGCAGCAUGGGAAGAAUACCACACUCCGCAAGCCCUAAAGGAUGCGCUUUUCAAGACCAUCGAAACCAUAAUUACGGUCCAAACGUCUCUCCUAGGCUCCAAGGCCCAGCCAAACGAUCUCAAUGUCGCCGUCACGGAUGGCCAAAGCCUCGUUGCAUGCCGGUUCCGGAAUCACCCCACGGAGCAGCCGCCGAGUUUAUACCACAGCACUGCUGCGGGAGUUACGCUCAACAGGCAGUAUCCCGACCACCCAGAUGGCGCCAAGGGCCCGCAUGGAAAGGGCAAUGGGAAGAGCGCUAAUGGGAAACAAGCAGCCAAGGGCGCCGAGGGACAUAACCCCCACGCAAGGAAGAAUGCGGAGGAGCAUGGGAAGCAUUUUAUCAUUGCUAGUGAGCCGACUACGUAUAAAGAUGCGGAGUGGGAUUUGGUGGAGAAAAAUCGAGUUGUUUUGGUGGGUAGUGAAGGGUUGAUUGGAACCGAGAAAGUGAGUUACCCUGGGGAUGGGAAGACAAACUAA